UCAAUAUGGCGGAUGUGUCUGGCGGCGAGAGAACCGCCGGGAUUUAUUGGAUUAAAGACACGUCUGAUGAAGAUCAGCCCAUGGUGUUCGUCCCAGGUGUGAGCAGAGACGGAAACCUACGGCCAGGGGCGAAGGUGGGGCUGGGUUGCAGCAACAUGAGGAAAGGAAAGAUGAGAGCAGGGCAUGCUGGCGAGGUUACAGGCAUUGUGGGAGCCGGGUUCCCCAGUGAAGGGAGGGUGAAGCAGGGCAUCCGGCCUGGCAGUCAGUCGAAGGCCUCCUUUCCACCCUUUAAGGUGAAAGCUGAGCUCCACCCAACUGCUGCUGCUGUGGGAACUGUUAUGUCUUCUGCUCCAAGCCCUCACCAGCCCACAGCUUUCGCCAUUAACCAACAGGCACCGUCUCCGGCCACCCAAAGCAGAAGUAGCGUUUCUCUGAAGGACCUCUGCCCGGAGGACAAGCGGCGCAUCGCCAACCUCAUCCAAGAGCUGGCCAGAGUGAGCGAGGAGAAGGAUGUGACGGAGCAGAGGCUGAAGGACGAGCAGGAGUCCUUUGAGCGCAAGAUCCAACAGCUGGAGGAACAGAACCAGCUCAUCGUCCAGGAGCGAGGGAGCCUGCAGCAGCAGUAUCGGGAGUGCCAGGAGCUGCUGGCCCUCUACCAGCAGUACCUGGCCCAGCAGCAAGAGAAGCUCAACCAGUCCAUCACCCAGCUCAACCAGUCCCACUCCAGCUACAAGGUCAGUGACGGUCCUGUCAGGCAAUGGGCAGGGAGAGGAGAAAUGGCAGGUAUGGAUGGCUCUUAUCUGGGCCUGCCCACAGUGGGCGGAGCUGGAGCAGGUCUCAGUGGCUCCUACCCAGUCCUGGCCACGGGAGCGGUGAUGGGGCUGAACGGCUCCUCCCCGAGGUCGCCCGUAAUGGGAGGAUCGGGGGCGGGGACGCAGCCUGGGAGUGGCAAGGCAAAGGGGAAGAGCCAAGGCAAGCACUCGCGCAGGGAGAGACCCCAGAGUGCCACGCCCACGCCGAGCUCAUCCAACAGCGGGCAGGACAGCGACCUAAACGAGGGAGGAUCCCAGAAAAGGGGGUCCCGGGCAGCGAGGAGCGAACCUCGACCGGGGUGCCUUUCCAAGAGAGGGGGCUCGGGCAGAGGGGCACCCGAACGCCGGGGGACCGUGGAGCGAUGCUGCACCUGCCGAUCCUCCGCUGUGGAGAAUGACAGAGAAGACGAGGACAGCCAGGGCGCGGAGGACGCCGUGUCCCGUAGAGCGCUGGCGGAGGAAAGGAAGGGCGGGGGCUCCACCCCCGCUGCACAUCCGGCCAGCCCAGCGGACUCGGGCGGAAGGGUGGCCAUGGCCACAGCGCCCCCUAAUGGCCAGGUGGACUGGGAGGAGAGGAGGCGCUGGCUCCUGCUGCAGAAGAUGGAGCUGGAGGUGCAGCGGGAGCGCCUGCAAGCUCAGCUGGCCCAGCAGGAGGAGAGGCUGAUCCGGCAGAGCCAGCAGCUGCGGCAGUCCCGCCUCGACUUCAGCAGGUUCCAGGAGGCAGCAGCCGAACUGGAAGCUGCAAAUGGGGCUUUGUGCAGUGGAUUGGGGGAACACAACCAAGGCACAUGUGGAACAGUUACUCGGGAGACUGUCAGUGUGCCCCCUAAUGGAGUGGAGGACCUGGGCAGACAUACAGCUCAGCUGGGGGAUGGAAUGUUGCAACAUGAAGAGAAGAUGGCUCUCCCUUCACAUUCAAGGGAGGCCCUGGCUAUGUCCAGGAAGGAUGCUGCCACCUCCCCUGUUGUUUCCCAAACCCAAGUUAAGCCUAUUCCAGCCCCAGUCCUGUCCCAAACCCUUCCCAGGACCCCUCACGCCCGCGUGGACACGUCUCUGAUCGAGCUCCUGGACGUCUUGAGCCCCAUCUCCGCCUCGGGCCGAAGCAGGCUCCCCGCCAGGCCCCGUCCCGCGCGCCGACCCCACAGCGACCUAAAGCCUCAGAGGAAACCCCUCUCCGCCCUGCCGUCCCCCUGGGGCCCGCAGCGGUCCCCGUCAUUCUGCGCCCCGGACGAUGACACCGAGGAGAGCCAGAUCCUGGAGGACAUCUUCUUCAUCUGUUGAUGUGAAGGCACC